GGCCAGCAGAGGCAGGCAGAGACCCACACAUGCUGGCAGAGGUCAGCAGAGGCCAGCAGAAGCCAGGAGAGGCUGGGUCGAUAAAUAAGCGCCAUCUAGCGUCGAAGUGAACGAGAGUUAGUCCAUAUAAAAUACGAAUGAGCAAGAAUUAAUGUACUCGCGCGUUUGCACGUCGUGUAUGUAGGUAUCUUAUGAUAUUUUUGUUUAAUCGCCCUAUAAGACAAUCAUGAUUUCUGUAUCACGACUAUGUUUGAAGAGAAGUAAUAAAAGAGGGUUUCACAAAAGUUGUAUAUCGUAUAUGUACGAAAGAAAAGGAAUACAUUAUCCGUACAAAUAUGACAUACCACCAGAACCGGAAAAUUUAAGUAUCUUUGAAAAAAUGCGAAAUGGAUAUCGUGGAAUGAAGGAAGAGGUAUCGUUAUUUCGAAAAGAGAUACGGGAUAAAUAUAGAAUGCGCUCUAUUAUAAUUUCACCAAGCGCAGAGAAUAUCGUUUGGAAAUUCGAUGGAACUUUAAAAUCGCGGAAUGAAUGGGUUCUAACCUGCGAUAGUGAUUACGAUAAUGGUUAUUCAACCGCUAAAUUAGAAUUGUCCUCUCGUGGCACUGGAAUAUUCCAUGGUGUAUUAAGUACCGAAUUACCUAAAGACGGUAGAACGAUGAUUGCUGGUUUUUGUAACGUAACAACAGUACGAAAAUUGAAGUCUUUUAAACGAAAAAUUAAACUCGAUUGGGCAAAGUACAAUAGUCUGGUUUUAAAAGUUAGAGGAGACGGUAGAUGUUAUAUGUUGAAUAUUUUACAAAAGGGACCGAUUGAUUUAUUCUGGUACAAGGCUCAUCAUUAUGUAUUAUAUACCAGAGGUGGACCUUAUUGGCAGUAUGUUAAAAUACCAUUUUCUAAAUUCGCGAUGGGUGGAAGAGGUGUAUUACAAGACGUUCAAAGUUCUUUGGCGCGAUCCGAUGUCACGAAUUUUGGUAUUACUAUUUGCGAUAAAAAAAAUGGGCCAUUUAGUUUAGAAAUUGACUAUAUCGGUGUAUGUUACGAUAUGUGUCACUUUGAACAGUUUGCGUACGAAACGUACGACAUGAGCAAAUAAAACUAACGACGUAGAUCAAUUACCAAAUAAAAAUAUUGUUAUUCGUUUCAUUGUUAAAUACAGUACAUAUUUAAAUAACAUUUAUUAAAGAAAGCAAGUAAUAAAUCUAAACAUAGCAUCGA